GGCCAACCGAUGCUGCGCAACCACUCCAGCCUCGAGAUCAGCAUCUGUGACGAUCUAGCCAUGUGUGAUGCGGGCCCGGUGGCAGGCCCCGUUGUGAGGCGGGCCAGCAGCCAGUCGAAUCUGUACUUCUCCAAACUGUGGGUUAAUGUCACUUUUGCCCAGAAGCGGGGUGAAUCCGCCCCCCCCAGCCUCAAUUGGCCCCCUUCAAUGCAGUCGAUGCGUUCCGAGAAGUUCCAGGAUUAUCCAAUCGAAUUGGUCUGCGGCUUAACUUCCCACCCCUUGGAGCCGGAUUUCGACGACGCCGAGAUGAUCAACGAGGCUGAGCUGAUCCUCGAGAAACUGGUACCCAUUUCGAGUCUACAACAGGCCAUCUCUGAGUGCCAGAAGGUUCAUGCCUACAAAGAACCUGGACCGGACGAUGAUGAGGCCGGGUUAAGUGAAGCGAAUCCAAUAAGCAGGAACCCGCAAGCCUUGACUUGCUCGAAGUUUGCCUCGUCCGGCAACAAAAGCAAAGCCUUUCAUCUGGAACAAGGCCUGACCCCGGGGUCGGGACAAUGCCAAGACCCUAGGCAACAGGGCCCGUCAUGU